AUCGAAGGCUUGGUGAGACUCCUGGCAGUGGCAGCGUUAGAGAAGUUACACGUGUGCAGGAAACACACGGGGGAAUAUGGCGAAAAAGAGAAAGGAGAAGCUGAGUGUGGCCAAGGAGAUAGACGGCAUGGAGGAUAAGCUAGCAUCCUGCAGGAACAGCCUGGAAGAUAUUGACUUCAAACUGAGAAAGCUGGAGCUGACGGUUGAGGGAAGGAAAUCUCUAGAAAAAGAGAAGGACUCCCUGACAAACAAGGUGUCUCACUAUGAGAGGGAGCUGAAGUCGCUACGCCAUGAGAAUCGCAAGAACAUGAUGGUAUCUGUGGCACUGUUCCUGCUGAUCGCUGUCAUAUACGUCUGCUGGACCAUGUGAUGCCAAGCGCCAGCCCUCGGACAAUAAUGUGCACCUUGGAGUUGUAUCGCCUACUGCACAGGCUGGGACAACACAUGGGGUUGUUUUUCUCAUCAGAUGUCUUCUGCUGUUUCGUGUCCCAGUGAGAGAUGAUAAAGCCCCUCUAUACCCCUUGCUACUGGGAAUAUACAGAGCAGAGGUGCUGCAAACGUCUGAUGCACAUAACAAAGAUACCACGGUCAUCUCCGCUCCAAACUGCAAAUUAUACAAGAAAAAUCCUCUGCAAUGACAUUUCCAGCCAGACGCCCAAUCUGAAAAUACACUCAGGUCUUGCUUAGCUGACUGUAUAAAGUCAGAUGUUGGCAUUGGGUAUGUUUUAUAGACCAAAGUAAUGUUUUUUUUUAUGGGAAACAGACUUCUCAAACUUCCAGCAUCUUCAUCGCCUACAUAUUGUGAUAUGCAUGAAGCCCAACUGCACCAUUAUAAAAUCAUAUGACCGUUGUAGUGACACUGACGGAGUAUAUGUAACGUGGUGAACGGGCAAUGGGUCCUCUGCUGCUACCCUGAAGCCGUCACCCCUUAGAUAAACCGUAGCUACCCUGUGUUAGUCAGGGGCGCAUAUUAAUAACAAUUGUGGGUGAACCACUUCGUUUUUAAAACCAUUUGGACAUUUUUAUUCCUUACCAAGAGCGUUGGUGCUGCUUGAGUGAAACAUCAGACAAUAUCCUCUUUAUGCUUUUAAAAAAAAAGGAAAGCAACAGCUGACAGCUUGUACAAUACAUUUGCCUCUACCCUGGGAUUUAUAUUUUAAUGUUUUUAAUCCCUUGUUUGCCUGAGUGGGCUGUAGCUAUGUGUAAUGCAAUGCAGUCUCUUGCAGACAGGGGUUAAUCUCAGUGCACAGUCAGUAGAUGAGCCGGGCUGUAGCUAUGUGUAGUACAAUGCAGUCUCUUGCAGACAGGGGUUAAUCUCAGUGCACAGUCAGUAGAUGAGCCGGGCUGUAGCUAUGUGUAGUACAAUGCAGUCUCUUGCAGACAGGGGUUAAUCUCAGUGCACA